ACAGCCAAGCUCAAAAAGCGAGAAAAGCCGACUAAACCCGUUUGUGCGCCCGGGAUCCCCAUACCCAGGAGACAGAUCUGUCCCAACUAGAAAGUCCAGUUCACCGACAUGACACAGGACUACGACAAUAGACGGCCUGUGUUAGUACUUCAGAAUGAUCCCCUGUAUCAGCAAAGGCGAUCAUACACCACCGAGGACGAGGCGUGGAAGAGUUUCUUGGAAAACCCCCUGACAGCAGCCACAAAGGCCAUGAUGAGCAUUAAUGGGGAUGAGGACAGUGCAGCAGCGCUUGGCCUCCUCUAUGAUUACUACAAGGAGAAUCCAGAGCACAUUCAAACAUGCAGAGAACAGGUUCCUAGAGACCGAAGACAGUCGGCCAACAAACAAGAUCAUGAUCACUCCGAGGUAGAACAUCAUAAAAGGAAUAGCCAGAUACACCUGAAUGAGCAACCAUUAAUUUGUACUGCAGACAACAGAGUCCAGGUUCUAAAAACCAACGUGCCUUUUAAUAUUAUCCUCCCAAUUGGCAACCAUCUGGACAAAAGAGGACAUCUAAGCUCUCCAGACACCACGGGCACAGUCUCCAUUACAUCAAUGCCAGCCCAUGGCAUCAAGACAGAAUCAGCAAGCCAUGGCUUCACUGUGGACAUCCCAACAAAUGGCUACCAUGCUGAGCCUGUGGAGCGCAUUGUGACCUUUGAUCGCAAUGUUACCCCUGACCAUUACAGCUCCAGCAGUCAACCACCCAGCUCUCAGAGGCGGACUCCUGACACCACAUUCUCAGAGACUUUUAAAGAUGAUGUUCAAGGGGUUUACUUUCCAUCUGACCUCAACUUACGGAUGAGUAGUGUCAGCUCUGAAGACUACGGUUUUGAUCACGUUUCUGGAAAUAACUUUGAAUAUACACUUGAAGCCUCAAAAUCUUUGCGACCUAAGCCUGGAGACAGCACAAUGACCUAUCUAAAUAAGGGCCAAUUUUACCCCAUCACACUAAAGGAGAUUGGCAACAAUAAAGGGAUACACCAUCCAAUUAGCAAAGUCCGGAGUGUUAUCAUGGUUGUGUUUGCUGAUGACAAAAGUAGAGAGGACCAACUUCGUCAUUGGAAAUAUUGGCAUUCCAGGCAACACACUGCCAAACAAAGAUGUAUCGAUAUAGCUGACUACAAAGAGAGUUUUAACACCAUCAGCAACAUUGAAGAGAUUGCCUAUAAUGCCAUUUCCUUUACCUGGGACCUCAACGAUGAAGGCAAAGUGUUCAUAUCUGUGAACUGUCUGAGUACAGACUUCUCCUCCCAGAAAGGGGUAAAAGGGCUGCCGCUCAACAUCCAGAUUGAUACAUACAGCUACAACAACCGAAGUAACAAGCCCAUCCAUCGGGCCUACUGCCAGAUCAAAGUCUUCUGUGAUAAGGGUGCCGAACGUAAAAUCCGAGACGAAGAACGUAAGCAGAGCAAGAGAAAAGGCAAGUGUACUGAGCCCAGCCCCCAGAUCAAUGCUUUUACAGAUGUUAAAGGAGGACUGCUUGCGUCUCACAAGAGGACGGACAUCACAGUGUUUAAACCCAUGCAAGACAUGGACACACAGCCUGUCCUGUUCAUCCCCGAUGUACACUUCGCCAAUCUCCAGCGCACCACCCAUGUACUCCCCCUUUCACCAGAGGAGAUGGAUGGGGAAAGCUCUGGUAUGAAGAGAGGGCCUUUCAGUCCUGAGGAAGACUUUGGAACAGCUCCUGCUAAGAUACCAAGAAUAGAUGAACCUAAGAGAGUGCUGCUGUAUGUGCGGAGAGAGGCAGAAGAAGUUUUUGAUGCUCUUAUGCUAAAGUCUCCAUCAUUGAAAGGACUAAUUGAAGCUGUCUCUGACAAAUAUGAAGUUCCCUUUGACAAAAUUGGAAAAAUCUUUAAGAAAUGUAAAAAAGGGAUCCUGGUCAACAUGGAUGACAACAUCAUUCGGCACUAUUCAAAUGAAGACACCUUCCAGCUUCAGAUUGAAGAGACCGGGGGAAGCUACAAGCUGACUCUGACGGAAAUCUAACCCAUUCCCCCAUGAACAUAGACUGUUCCGUAAAGGCCAGUGUUCACGACGUGCCUUGCAAAGAGAUGGGUCAGCUUCCAAGGAGGAAAGUCGGACUGCUGUUACAACCCCUCAGAAUAUCUGGGCAAACUGUUACCUACAACCUGUACAGGUGGCACACCGCUGCAGGGAAACCACUAUGCUCAGCAUGACCUGAAGUGCCUUGCAGGUUCCUUUCAACACUACAAAAGAAAAUUCGCUCAGGUCCUUUAGCAAGCUGAAGAAAUGUUUUUUUUUUCUUUUGUCUGCCAACAGAAGAAGUGAAAUCAUCAAAAUUUUAGCAGAAAACUACAGCGGGUUGGAGGAUGAUGGGUUUUCUGUCCAUAUGGUGGGGCCGACUAUAGAGCCUAAAAGGGGCCUGCAAUGCAAUGAAACAUGGGCAGCAAAGGGCUUUCAUGUAUUUACCACUUGUUUAAAACUGCCUUGCAUAUGAAGAACCAUAAUGGGUCUUGUUAAAUCCCACACCCAUGAAGCUGCAAUGUACAUAAGAAGUGCAAUAUAUUUUUUAUAACUUUUUUUUUUUUUGUAAAUGUGUAUACAUGAGCUUAUUACGUAUAUAAUAUAUAGAGUUACAGAAUACGUGUGUAUAUAUGGUGAGGAUUUAUCAGAGGUGCCAAAUAUAGGAUUAGCAAAUGAGAAUGUGACAAACAAGCACAGGUCAUAAGAAGCAUAUUAGAAUGCUUUUUUUUUUUUUUUCACGCUGGAAGUAGGGAAGCCAUAUUUUGUUUCCAUUCAAUUCAUUAUAAGUUCAGCUGAAAGGCCAGUGAAACUAUGGGGAUGGUCCGAAGUAGAAUUGUGAAGUAAAUUACCAUGCAGGCUUAGUCAGCCAAGCAGCAGGGAUGGACCAACAGACUACGACAAUCGAUUCUAUUUCUAAUCAGACCCACGAGAAAUGAGUCAUGAUGAAGGUUUUAGGGUAUUGCUCUUAGCACUAUUUGUUGAAAAAAAAUAUAUUUUAAAAAUUUGUAAUUUCAUUUUUGUAUUUUGUUUUCUAAUGUUGCCUUUACAUUAUACUUAUGUAGUUGUGACUAGUGUUAACUGUGUUGUUUUUAAACAGCAUAACACACAUUUUAUUUUUAUUUUUUUCUUAUUUAAAAAAAAUAAUAAUAAUUACCUUGACAAUACAGCAUGCAUGUUAACCUGUCAUUUUUGAAGCAUGGGUAAACUAGCCCCAUACUGGUUGGUAUGGCAAAUACUUUUUGUCCUUUUUCAGACUUUUUUUUCAUAAGGUCUGAAAUGAAAUAAACCAAUCCAGCAGUACUCCAGUAACAGCCAUAUAUGAUCACUGGGGCCUCAGGGUAAGGGCACUGCAUCUCAAUUUUCUUCAUUCCAUUGUCUGUAUAUGUUAACUACAUUUUUAUUUAAAUCCUCAAUAUUGAUUUAAGAUCCUGUAAUGUUUUCAGCAUAUUCACUUUAUACAUUUACAGCAUCUUUUUUUUUUUUAUAUUGUUAAAAAAAAUGAUAAACUAUAAGCCCUAUCCAAAACAGAAAUGGUGACUUAAAAUAGCUCUGGCCUAAAAUGCUUUCAGGUUUUUUUGUUUUUUUUUCAUACACCAUUUUGCAACAGCUUUUACUUUAAUUGAAGACUCUUAAAACAGUUGCACGUUUUUUUCCCUAGACAAUCUCCAUGGUGAAACCAUCAAAGUUCCUUUGUUUCAGUUUUGUGAUGGACUGCCACAGUUGCCUCUUGCUAGAGACAGAUGGCCAUCUGUAUGGAUGAACAGUUGUGGUAGUCUACGCCAUAGUGAUGAUUUUCAUGGGAUGAUUUGCACCAGUUUUCAGUCAACUCUGCAAUAUGAGUAAAGAAAGCCUGCAUUUAAAUCUCUAAAUACAUUUUAAGUUGGGGAGCAGGAUUUCUCUUCUAGUUCACGACAUGGAAACCUCAGUUAUUUCGUGUUCGCACAGAUUCUUUGCUAAAUUGUGAGUGUAUAGACACUGGAAAACGUGGUGUUUUUUUGUAUAUAAAUAUAUAUAUUUGUUAGUUUUUAUUGAUCUGCUUGACAGAACAACGGAGAAAAGGGUUAUUCAACUUCAGGGAUGUAACUUAAAAAUCAUGUGUAAAGAUGUAAAUUUCGUUUGUUAAAAUAUAAUGAACUCCAGAGGAAGGAUUUGGUUGGAGGUGAUAUAGUGAAUCAUAGAGUUUAGUGGUCAUGGCAGGUUAUAUUGAGGGUAAGGAGUCUUGUACCUACUGUUACACCUGUAUGUAUGCUUUUUAAAGACAGAAAAUACAUUUUAUAUAACUUUUUCUGAAA